ACGGUUGGGGGGGCGUGUGUGUGCACGCGUUUGGACUGGACUGGGAGCUUCAGAUGGAAGACUGAGCCCGGACGGCGUGGAAGGCUGAGAGUGGGUCAGAGAUCUGACCAUGGAGCCAAUGCACUGAGGGAGGGGGGGGGCCCUCAGAUUAAAUAAAAAUAUAGAAAACAAGCAAGAAAAAGAAGAAGAAUGGUGGCGGAGGAAGUGGUUAUUACGCUGUCUGGUGGAGCGCCAUGGGGGUUUCGUCUCCAGGGAGGGGUGGAACAUCAGAAGCCACUCCAGGUGGCGAAGGUCCGAAAACGCAGCAAAGCAUGCAGGGCUGGACUGCGGGAGGCUGACGAGCUGGUGUCCAUCAACGAUCAGCCGUGUGGAUUGCUAUCCCACGCCCAGGCCAUGAACCUCAUAGACAGCUCUCCUGGGAUAUUAAAUAUCCGAGUUAAAAGGGCACCUGCUGCUUUUCAGUCUGUGGUGCUCGUUGCCCGAGCACCAUCUCCUCGCAUCGACAAGGAGUAUCGAGCUGCCCUGAAGGCAAUAUCACCGACCCAAACUCACCACGCUCCUGUCCGCGAGGUCCACCGCAGUCGCUCCUCCCUGACCAGCGGCUUGACAUCCCCACCAGGGAGCGAGGCCUAUUACGGAGAGACAGACAGCGAUGCAGACGUGGCCGGUUAUGAGAGGCAGCGCCGGCAGAAGAGAAGGAGUCCCAGCAACUCCAAUCCUGGAAAACCAGCAGGACGCGCAUCUCCUGAAGGUGGGGAGACAUCCGAGAUGAGCGGCUAUGACAGCGCUCCCGAUGCGCAGGUCUUUCCACGCCUGUUAGAUAGAAACGGGGAAGGAGGAGGGUGUCUACCAGGGGUUGCAAGAAAGGAGGUGAUUUACAAACCUCCUGGCCCAGGAAUGUGGUCCUCGCAGACAUCGACCGAGACUUCCUCCAUCAUCUCCUCGGCGGAUGACCAGGGGCCACGAGAUGCAGCACAAGAAGAAGACAGUGGUUUUUUAGAGCGGGCCAACGUGCCGCUGGUAUCCCCUGAGAAAGCAAAGGAAGCUCUAUUGCUUGGCUCCCGCAACCAGCUUGUGCCCAUGGUGGGUCCUGUGGAUAAACCCAUUGACGAGGAGCUCACAACAACAUACAUGGAAAAAGCUAAACAAGCAAAACUGAACCGAGGGGACACACUUCAAGACAAACACGUAAAGGAGGCUAAAAGCAAGUGCCGAACUAUUGCAUCUCUACUCACAGAUGCCCCAAACCCUCAUUCCAAGGGGGUGCUUAUGUUCAAGAAAAGAAGACAACGCUCUAAGAAGUACACCCUAACUAGCUUUGGCAGUGUUGAUGAGGACAAGUGUCAGGACUCACAAGAGGAGGAUGGAGUUUUUCAGGGAAGUGAAUCAGAGUUUGAUGAAGAAGGCUUCUCGGCUGUUCCAGACCCAACUUGGGAUAGCGAUUACUUGGAUAAGCUGGAGAAAAGAGCUACAGCAGGCACAGAAGGACGUGAGAAUGAAGUAGGGGAUGCUACAAGUCCUGGUUUAAGUGACACUGCAGGCAAGGGUGCACAGUUGUUUGAGCAGCAGAGAAAAAGGGUAGCUGAGCAUACCAAAAAAGUGGAGGCAGCUCAACCUCCUCCACAAACUCAAGCACAGGAGCAAUCUCGGAUGUAUCAAGUACAUCAAGGAAUGCAGAUCCAAGUUCCACCAAACCCUCAGUUUCAGCAAGUUCUGCCACCUGGCCCAACAUCCACACAGCCAACGCUAUCUCAAAGUCAAGUUCCAAUGGCUGGUGAAGGACAUGGGAUGAUUAACGGGGACCUAUCCUACACAGCAGUUAGCACAGUAAGUAUGGUAAUGUCACCUCCGCCCGUGGCACCCAAACCAGUCAAUGCCUCUGUGACAUUUCUGGCAAGUCCUGCACCACCUACUGAAACACCUCAACCUGAACAACCUGUGAGUAACGUUCUAAACCGAACGGCUCGCCCUUUCACACCUGGUUUUAUCAGCAUUCGAGCUGCAACAGCCCCUGUAACCUUCCGACCUCCAGUCACAAAAAGGUCCCAGCGUCCUGCAUCAGCAGCCGUUGCACCACUGCAAGUCUCCUCUGUCCCAGAGCCACCCGUUAAUGCUCCAUCAGUUAGUUUUUAUCAACCCCCUGAUCCAUCAGCCAUGCUCACAAUGCCAUACUCUGUCCCUCAGAGCUCUAUGGUCCAACCACCAGAGGUUCUGGUUACCUCACAUCCUCCAGCCCUUUCUACAUUUGCAGACAAAAUGCAGCCUUCUCCAACUGUCACUGGUGUUCAAAAGGCUCAAUUUUCCAUUGUGAAUCCAGUAUCUGCGCCAGCAGCUCCCCAAGCAACAAUGGGUCCAAUCCCCGUUCAUACUUUUCCACAAAUUCCUGGAUCAACUAAUCCAACUGUUCCAGAACCUGUAAUUCAAGUGCCGGUAGCUCAGUCACCACCACAGUUCAGUGCACCUUCAGUGCCUCAAAUGCCUGUGGCCUCCCAGCCUGAAGCGGUAGCUUCGGCUACACCCGGUGGACGCACUGGUAUCUUACUGGAGGCUCGUCGGCGUAGUGGAAAACCCAAACCUAUGUUCAACAUACCUGAUGUCAAAAAGAACUCCCCCAAUCCAGAGCUGUUGUCGAUGGUGCAAAACCUGGAUGACAGAUCCAGCAGAUAUAAGCAUGGUCAGGAGUACACUGAAGAAUACUACGAUGGUGAGGAAGAGGAGAGUGGGGAGGCCGGCGCAGGAAGGAUGCCCCCUCCAGUUGCACCAAAACCUCGGGUAAUCCACGAGACCCCACAGACUCUUCAAGCAGGUGGGAAGGGGGCCCAGUUGUUUGCCAAAAGGCAAAGCCGCAUGGGAAUGUAUGUGGUCGACACACCACCUGAGAUCCUUUCCCAGCAAAAUGUGGGCUUUGAAAACACGCAACAAGCCUAUGAUGGUACCUCACUUCCGUCUCAAUGGAAAUACUCCCCAAAUGUACGAGCACCUCCACCUAUUGGGUACAACCCACUCAUGGCCCCCUCGAUCCCAACAGGGCCUCAGAGAGACACAAACAAGUCAGAAAACAAGGGGAAAGGUGGCUCCCAAAGAGAGGGGAUCAAGGCUCUGGAUUUUAUGCGACGGCAGCCCUAUCAGCUCAACUCUGCCAUGUUCAACUAUGGAGGCAGUGUUAGUAAUCUAUCCGCUAUGCCUUCCUAUCAGGCCCAGCAAGGUAACUACUCGACAAUGGUGGGAAGUUCGUUAACUACGCCUCGGCAGAUUCCUGUCAAAACAGCCCGCGUCUAUGAAAUCAAGCGAUUCUCCACACCGACGCCCAUGUCAGCUCCCACCCUGGCACCAAAAGUCAUUGCACCUCGCUCAGCUACAACCCUGGGGGAACGUCUGAGUCAUUCUGGCAUGACAUCCCCACCUCCACCGUCUUACACUCCAACUCCAGAAGCCAUCAACCCUCCAAACAUACUCUCAUCUCAAUCCCAAUCGGCAAAGCUGCCAAGCCUCCCCAAAUUCUCUUCUACGCCCAUUUCCCACCCUCUACCCCCCGCAGUCCCCACACCCUAUACCCCAAUGUCACACACCACCGGACUCCGGACAGCAAAGCAGUUUCAGAGCGCUCCUGAACUCAGCAUCCUUGCAUCUUUACCUCCACUCAAGCCCAACCCAGUUCAGGCACCAAAACCUCAUUUUGUUGCCACCAAGGGAGGCGUACAACCCCGUGUCUGGAGGCCAGGGGCAAUCUGAGUGACAGAAAGCAUAUUAAUAACAAUAAUCCAUUGCUAAAAAGGUAAAGGUGGGUAUUG